AAACGUCCAAUCCAAUUCUCAUGGAGCCUCGACUGACCUAAUAGUAUACAGACAGAAUGUUGGAUUCAGAUGGCUCUACGUCAUAUCUGGACAGUCUUUUUUUUGAGAAACCUAUUGUUCAUGAAGUAAGGCCUUUACGGCAAGAGACGAGUCAAUGGCAGGUGGAGAUACCUCCGUCUUUGUCUCAGAUCCCUGGUACUCAGGACAUGCAGAAGGAGGCUUUCUCUUUUUUACAUUGUUUUUCACAGGCACCUCAACAAAAGAAAUUUGCUCCCCGUUUUAAAAAGUCUUCUGACUUGAACAUCUUGCCAUCAGUCAGCAAACUUUCCUACAAUCUUAACACUGAUGACCAUGAAACUGAAGUUGGUCAAAGUAGUGUCACCCAAGGCUGUAACUCUCCUGCUGAUCUGUGGGGAGGUAAGGGCUUCAGGGAGUUUUUUGAAGCUGGCAGUACCAGAGCCAAAACCCCACAGGCCUCUGGGCAUAUCAUUGAUGAUGGGAAGAUUCUGUCCCUGGAUGACAGUGAAAGCCCUUUCCUGCGAAGAAGCCUGUUUAAAUCUCAGAUGCUGGGUAAUGGAGGUGACUUAUCAAACACCUGUAGUGUCAGUCAAACAGCAUUUCGACCUCAAAGUUUUCCUGGGCAAGUUGCCAUGGCUACAGCCCCACCGGUACCACCUCCUCCGCUCCAGCCGCUACGCACGACAAUGCGCCAGGCGGUCCGCCCAAUGCCCCCCACAGACUCACCCCUCCAACCAGCGCCAGAGAUCGGGGACACAAAGAGAGUGCUAGUCCCUCCCAUGACACCUCAGCCCCUCUGCAUACAAGGUGGGUCAGCAGCUGGAGUGUUGAGAUCAGUGGCCGAAGUACCAUCCAAGUUCAGAAGUGUCUUUGACUUCCCCUUCUUCAACUAUGUACAGUCCAGCGCUUUAGAUGAUGUUUUUUACACUGGGAGGAACUUUGUGGCCUCAGCUCCGACUGGAUCUGGGAAAACUGUGUUGUUUGAGCUGGCCAUCAUUCGUCAGCUUAUGGAGACCUCAGAGCCAUGGGCUGACUUCAAGGCUGUAUACAUGGCACCUAUCAAGGCCUUGUGCAGUCAGUGCUUCGAGAACUGGAAAAGGAAGUUCGGCCCACUGGGACUGAAGUGCAAAGAACUGACGGGAGACACACAGAUCGAUGACUUCUUCGAGAUUCAAGAUUCACACAUCAUCCUGACCACUCCUGAAAAGUGGGACAGCAUGACAAGGAAAUGGAAGGAUAACUGUCUGCUGGAGCUGGUCAGACUUUUCCUUAUUGAUGAGGUUCAUGUGGUGAAAGAUGCGACCCGUGGAGCCACUCUGGAGGUGGUGGUGAGUCGCAUGAAGACGGUGAAUGCCUACAGGAGCGCUCAGGACCCAGAGGGCACCGCAUCCAUGAGGUUUGUGGCGGUCUCGGCCACAAUCCCAAAUAUCACUGAUAUCGCAGACUGGUUGUGUGACAACAGCGGUCCGGCCACUUACCUGAACAUGGACGAGAGCCACCGCCCGGUAAAGCUGAGGAAGGUGGUGCUGGGGUUUCCCUGUAAUCCGAGUCAGACCGAGUUCAGGUUUGACCUGACUCUAAACUACAAGAUGGCCAACAUCAUCCAGACCUACUCAGACCAUAAGCCCACUUUAGUGUUUUGUACGACUCGGAAAGGAGCCCAACAGGCAGCUGCAGUUUUGGCAAAGGAUGCUCGGUUUCUGCUGACUGUGGAGCACAAGCAGAGGCUCAUACAGUAUGCCAACUCUAUUUUGGACUCCAAACUAAGAGACAUGAUGGUGCUUGGAGUGGGCUAUCAUCACGCUGGAGUAGAUUUGUCAGAUAGGAAGUUGAUCGAAACAGCCUUCACUAAGGGAGAUCUUCCAGUUCUUUUUACUACCAGGACUUUAGCAAUGGGGGUGAAUCUUCCCGCUCACUUGGUGGUGAUAAAGUCCACGAUGCAGUAUGUGGGCGGAGCCUGUGAGGAGUACAGUGAGGCCGACCUGCUGCAGAUGAUUGGUCGAGCUGGACGUCCACAAUUUGACACUUCAGCGACUGCUGUGAUCAUGACCAAGAACCAAAACAAAGACAAGUAUAUGUCUCUAAUGAAUGGGAUGGAGAUCAUUGAAAGCAGUUUACACAGUAACUUAGUGGAGCACCUAAACGCUGAAAUUGUCCUCCACACCAUAAGUGACGUGAACAUGGCUUUAGACUGGAUCCGCUCUACUUUUCUCUACAUCCGAGCUCUAAAGAACCCCAGACACUAUGGUUUCUCUCCUGAUUUGGACAGACGAGGGAUUGAGUCCAAGUUACAAGAACUAUGCCUCAAAAACCUGAACGCUCUGUCAUCCAUCGAGCUGAUUCACAUGGAUGAAGAUAUCAACAUUAAGCCCACAGAGCCCGGGCGGCUGAUGGCUCGUUAUUGCGUUGCUUUUGAGACGAUGAAACAGUUCAGCCAAAUUUUAGGCACAGAAACUCUGUCUGACCUGACCCAGCUGGUGUCAAAAAGCAAAGAAUUCAGUGACAUCCAGCUGCGCAUGAAUGAGAAAAGGCUGCUGAACACUUUGAACAGGGACAAGAACCGCACCACCAUUAGGUUCCCAAUGGAAGGAAAGAUCCGAACCAAUGACAUGAAAGUGAACUGUUUGAUCCAGGCUCAGUUCGGCUCCAUCACCAUCCAGGAGUUUGGACUGACCCAGGACACAGCAAAGAUCUUCAGAACUGGGCUGCGCAUUGGGAGAUGUUUGUGUGAAUAUUUAAGUCUGAAGUUGAAGACAGGUUUCUCUGCUGUGCACGGAGCUCUCAUCCUCUCCAAGUGUCUCAGAGCCAAACUGUGGGAGAACUCUCCCUUUGUCUCCAAACAACUAGAGAAGAUAGGCCCGAGUCUGUCCGCUGCCAUGGUCAACGCUGGACUCACUACUUUCAGCAAAAUUGAGGAUACUAAUGCCAGAGAGAUAGAACUGAUCUUAAACCGGCAUCCACCAUUUGGAAACCAGAUCAGAGAAGCUGUCAUUCACCUGCCUAAAUACGAGCUAGCCAUCGAACAGCUCCCCCGCUACAGCCCCACCACUGCAGAGAUAGUGGUUAAAGUCAACUUAAAAAAUCUCUCCCAACUGCAAACUAAAAGAACAGCCUCUGACCAGCACUACAUGUCUCUCAUCAUCGGAGACGCAGACAACAAUGUGGUCUAUCUACAGAAAGUCACGGACUUGGUGCUGUUAAAAGGCGGGUUAUGGUCAAAGCGCAUUGAACUGAGCAGAGCCUCAAAAGGAUCAGAGAUCAGUGUGCACCUCAUUAGCUGUGAUUAUGUGGGAUUGGAUGUUCAGCACAAGUUCAGCGUGUUUUACUCUGGAGCAGCCAGCGAAAGUGUUUCUAAACCAAGACACACACAAAAUACCCCACAAACAACAGUGAGAAGAGAGCACAGAGAAUAUGGCACUGUUCCACAAGAUUUGGGCAUAAUGAGAGAGUGCAACCACUUUUGCAAGAACAAGGACCUCUGUGCCCACGACUGCUGUAAAAUAGGAGUAACCAUUCCAAAGAGGCGAGCUGCAAAACCGGAGUUCUCUUCAUAUUUGAAUGACCUGAAAACGAGAUGUGACACAAUGAUCCAGACUCCAGCCAAACGCCUGAAGAUGAAAAUGGAGACGGAGGAACCAGCCUAUAGCAGAAUGCAGGAGUAUGCCUAUCAACCCAAAGACAAAAUGCAGAUUGUGCCAAGAUAUCAAGGAAGUUCGGAUGAGGUCCCGUCCAGACCUUACAUUGAGACUGUGGAUUUGACACAAGAACAGGACUCACACAACUUUUAUGAUGAUCACGAAGAAGUUGAAGUCUUUGACCAGAAGCCUCCCAUUUAUGAAACAUACCAAAAAGGAGUCGCCAUGGAUCAGUCCUACAUUCCUACACCCAGUACUAGAUGGCCGGCAGCAGAUCCCAUCCAGGAUCUACACUAUCAACAGAGUUCUCAAAUUCCAAAUAUCAACUUCGACCUUGGAAACCAGUGGGAUGAGUUUGACGAGGAGAACUUGAUCAACACCAGCGAAACAUUAGGAAGUGCCCCAUUUUUACAAUACAACAAAACAGGCUUUGUUGCUCCGUCAGUGCCCUGUGUGACAUCUUUUGCAACACCAGUGAGGUCAUCUGUCUGUAAGAUUAAGACUGAUCUGCCCAGUCCUCGGCUUUCUCCAUCAGCCAGCAGACUCACUCUUAACUUAAGUAAAAAGAUAUUUGGACAAACGCCGGGAAUAUUUGGAGAUGAGGUGACAGUAAAAACUCCAGAAAUCACCCAACGUCAGAUACCGCUGACGAACAGCUUUGGUUUCUUCUCAAAAGUGAAUAAUACACCAGUAUAUGACCAGUCAACGGAGAUCAACAGUGUUGUGAUUAAAGAAGAGGACGCAUUUCUUGGAAUUUUUGAUGGAAUAUUUUAGCUCUGCAUGUGUAUUUAAACUACUGUUCUUUAUGAUUCUAAUGGUUCACUUUACAUAUUUAUUUAUUUAUUUAUUUGUUUGUUUGUUAUACUCAUUGAUAUUUAACCAAGUGUUUGC